AUGGAAGACGUACUAAAAUGCGUAGCUUUGUUCUACAAGGCUGGGACGUCUGGCAAAGAAUACGUGCGGAAAGAGAAAUUCCUUGUCAAGGUUCCACGAGGCGAAGACGGCAAGGAAAUCAAACUGGCACAUUUGAAGGAUAUAGUUUGGUAUGUACUCAUUAUACUGUAUACCGCUUUUUAUUUAAAUUAAUCACAUUAUUAAUAUUAAUGAAACUAUCUGAUUAUGGUUCAAUUUUGGGGAUAUUAAAUACCCUCAGUUGUUAAAUUAAAUGGCUCCAUAUAGGCCAUAUAACCAAGGCCAUCUGAUAACACAUCAACUAUUGGCACUAUUGUUACUAUAUGAAAUUACUACAUUUAUAUGGCCUUAUAUGGCCUUAUGUGAACAUGGUGGUUACUACAAUGGUUGUCAAUUUUUGCUUUAAUAUAAAGCAAAAUAGGCAUUGUUAUUAUCAACAAGGGCCAACAAGCACUCUAGCUUAAUUAAGGAAAAAAUAUCACUAGCUAUAUUUAUGCACCUAUCAAUGUUAACCCCCAGGGGGGGGGGAGGGGGCUGUCGGGCAUAUGUGGGGUAUUUGAUCAUCAAUUGCAUCCCCACCCUGGGGAUUUUGAUUAGCAUUUUGAUCCCGAGUUUGGGCAGUUUGAACCAAAUGACUUCUAUUAAUUGGUGGGGUAUUUGACCAAUAUUUAUUGCCCAAUGGUGGGCCAUUUGAUUGAAAAUUUGCUCACCGAAUCAAAUGCCCCACCUAUGCUCGACCCCCCCCCCCCCUGGGGCUUAAUACUGGUAGGUGCAUUAUAAUUCAAUGAUCACUAAAGCCAUUGUAAUUGCUAAAUCUACCUGAUUAAAAUUUUUAUUUAGUGUCCAAGGUGGUUUAAUAGAAAUUGCGAGGCAAACUGGCUUGAGUGACUUUGGUAAGGAAAGUCAAAAGAAGCUGGAUCUCAGAAUUGGUAGAAUUGAUGAAGCUGGAGAGAGGACAUCGAUCAAUACUGACAGCCAAAUGGAGCUAGAAAUGCCAUCAAUAAGGAAUCAUGUCGACAAACUUCAAGGUGAUUUUUGUAUUCUCAUCUAUUUGUUAGGUUAUUGUUAUUGUAAGAUUGAUAUCGAUAUAUUUAAUUGAUGUGCAGUGUUGUUAUACAUUAAUUAAUUGAUGUGCAGUGUUGUUAUACAGCAUACCAGCUAUACCAUUAUUGUACAUUGUGUGAUUGUGGCUGGCAGGGAAAGUGUUAUUAAUAGUGCAAUAUACUCUGGCAUAUACACUCUAAAAACACUCUGGUUAAAUUUGGGUUAAUUCAACCAGUACGGGGUUAAAAAUCCACCUACACAGGUUAAAAAAAAUUAACCAUUUUCCUGGUUAAAAGUCAAAAAAAGUGUACCAAAUUUUUGUUGAAUUGAUAAUUUUUAACCAGGAAAUGGGUUAAAUUUAACCAGAAUGUGUUGGGUGGAUUAUUAACCCAAUUCCUGGUUGAAUUUAACCAGAGUGUUUUUAGAGUGUAUAUAUAUAUAUAUAUAUAUAUUUAUAUAUAUGUAUAUAUAUAUAUAUAUAUAUAUAUAUAUAUAUAUAUAUAUAUAUAUAUAUAUAUAUAUAUAUAUAUAUAUAUAUAUAUAUAUAUAUAUAUAUAUAUAUAUAUAAUUGUUAUGAUUGAUCAAUACUUUGCUGACAAAAAGGUGAAGCAGAGGGUGUUGUUAUUCCAACAAGUGCAGCCUUUACCUCAGUGCAUCAUCUCACUAUUAUGAACAAUGCAUAAUAUGAAACAGUUGAUCUGGUAGUAUGUAUACAGUGUAUUCAAAAAUCUGAGAAUUAAAGUACUUUCUUAAUUUUAUUGUGUAUUAGUGAUGGUAUAUCCUAUAGAAGUUGUGUUUGCACCCAAGAGAUCCACAAUUGUGAUUGAGAUUAAUGGUAGCAGUAAACCUACAUCUUCCUCCUAUAAUGUUACUUCAACUGGACCAAGACUCCAGAAAGUAUUGUCUGAAGAAAGCCAGCAAAACUUAAAUGAAGGUAUUGUACUGUAUCACAAAUAUAAAUCAGACAGUGUUGUAAUUCUCUCUCUUCACUUACAGAAUUCUUUUAAUUUUUCUCACAUCAUAAGGCUAUAACAAGCCUUCAAUUUGUAAUGACAAUGGCUUAUAUUAAUAUGCCUAAUAUUUGGUAUUCUUCUGCGUAUUAGGCCAUUAAUUCCUGGCAUUUGCUAACCAAGUGCUGCAUAGUCAUGCCCGUCAUGGAUGUAUACUUGGCCAUACAUCUCGUUGAUGAGAAAGAGACUCCACAAUGAAAUCCUUAAUUUAAAAUGCUUCCAAUGUGCCCUACUUUAGUAUUUAGUCUGCCUAACACCAGACUCUUUACCCAUUUGAGAGAAACCCCAAGCCAAAAGCUGUGUCAAACAAUUGUAUACUGUAUCCUUAAACUCGGACCUUCGUAUUAAUGAUACUGUAGCUAUGGAUUUUGUAGAACUGAGUAAACUGCAAGGAAGCAUGUUAAUAGCAGACAAGACACUAACUACAAAACUAAGAACUGGAGAAAAAGUUCUGUGGCCGUGGCGUAUUGAAUGUGGAUGUUGCCAUGCAGUUCCUGGUGUUAUGCUGCGAUAUGACUCAGAUAUGCUUGGAAGAGUAGAAUGCUUGGAAGAGUAGAAUGCUUUAAAAGGCGUAAGUUGAUUUGUUGUUGCCUUUGUUAUAUUAGAUUAAUUUCCCAUUUGCAAAAUAUUUAAUUGAUGGUUAAUGCCUGAAUUUCUAAAUUCUUGAUUUAGAACACUUUACCAAAUGUUCUGAAAAGGCUAAAAGACCACAACCGAAGAGAAAUCGAUUGAUCAAAGAUAUGUUUGCUAGAGUUCCACCAAAAAGCAAGAAAAAAGAUGCUUCUCACCUGCAUACAAAGUCUGGAGAUAACAUUGAUUCUGACAUUGACUUGUCUGACCAAGAACGUGAUGAAGUGUAA